AGCAGAUGUAACACCAAUAAAAAAAAUAGGAAUUCUGAUGUCGGGGUGACGUUGCACAUGGGAGGGUCCAUUCCCAUUUCUGAGCAUUGUAGACGAUACGAAGAAAAACAUAUAUGGUGUCUCCGCACCGCCCGAUGUGAUGUUUUUGAUCACGCAUACGAAGAAGGAAGAUGGUUCAUUUGUCACACCGAAAGCGCAGAAAGUGUUUGAGUCAUAUGAGGAGCUGAAAUCAAAAGACACAACUGCUAAACCUCAGGAUUUGAUGCUAAAGGCUGUCGGUGGACGAAAGAAAGGCGGCAAAGUUUCUGGAUAUGGUUCCGCUAGUAUGUACUAUUUUCCAUGUACCUCCACUACUCAAGAUCAUUCAGAAAAGUCAUACGAAGAUAACUUAUGGAAGCAGCGAAUGAGUGAACUUGAGAAAUCCAAUAAUCUACUUUUGGAAACAAACAAAGAGCUCCUACAGUUUAAACAAACUGCUUCAGCUACCAUUGACCAAAUGCAGCGUUCGAUGUGCAUGUUCCAACCGUCACAAAGCAUGUUCCCAAGUAUGUUUCCACCUCAAAAUAUUCAGCAAGCUUCGGUGAUGGGUUUGCUUCCACAACAUCAACAACAAACUAGUUAUAUGAAUGAUCUUCUGAAACAACCUCAAUUGGGAUCUUACAUGAGUAUGUUAAUGCCACAAGCUCCACAAGCAAUCCAUGCUACC